AUGAGCCAUCGUAGUGCAAAUUACCGGAGACAGGUUACCGGCACAGCUUCAGCGAGUGGUAGUACAUCAUCAAGUUUUGGAAGCGUUUCUCCAGAAGAUAUAAUUCAACAAGCCGAGAAUCAUUGGGACGUAUCUGCUACCAGUAUCUUAGUGGCGUGGAUAGCAACAUUAAUUGGGAUCUUGUCGUUCCUGUUGCUAUAUUCUGCUCUGCGAUUACGAUGGAAGAGAAUCUACUUGCCAAGAUUAAAAUUACGUAAACCGUCCAGACCUAUAAAAGAGAAAAACGAAGAUAAGAUCAAAAUGGCUAAAAUGGAUACAGCGACUAAAAAAGCAUAUAUAUCGAAGAAAUUCUUGGAAGAACCUGAUUAUUAUCCCAAGGGUGAGAAUGAUGAUGGACUUUGGAUAAGCAGAGCACCAAAGGCUGCAAUAUCAGUAUUUGGUUGGCUGAGACCGAGCUGGGAAGAAACCAAGCUCGAAUGUCGGUCUAUGCUACCUCAUUGGUUUACCUGGUGUUGGAGUUUUAUGAAGUCUUUGUUGGGUGAUGAAGGGAAAAAGAAUGCUUCUAAUCGUCCAACAAUCCUUGAGCAGGAUGUCCACCUACUGAAAAUGAUCGGUUUAGACGGCGUGCUAUACUUGAUGUUUCUAAGACUAUUGAAAUACCUAUUUUCAUCAAUAUCAAUAUUCGCCAUCUUACUAGCAUUUGCAAAUUAUUAUAUAAAUACAGAAACGAUUUACGGAAGUACUAAUGCUUCUACCUCUUCCAAUCAAAAUAACUCGACCAUCGACUCGAGCAGCAUUGACGACAAGGCAAAUGUAACUAACAUAGUUGAUAAUCCGAAUUUACUCACUGCUGUUAAUGUUAAAAGUAACGGCUUACUGGUUCAUAUAAGUUUUGAGAUUAUGGUUACUUUACUAGUCAUUAUAUUUGUGCUCAAAGCGUCAGCUCAUCACCUGAGACUAGUAGAGGAAUGGGCAAAGAUGAACUACAACGAGAUAUCAUUCAAAACAUUAUUCGUAACCAGAUUAGCUCUUGAACCUAGAGAAGUUUCGAGUAACGGAGAAGCCAAAGAUCGAAUAAGGAACAUAUGUCUAAGUUCGACUGAGAUCGACGAUAGGAAUUGUAAAGUCUGGUUCGCAAUUCAUGCGAUGAACCCAUUAGAAGAACGUAUUGAGAAGUUUAAGAGAAAGGCUUUUUCAAGAGCUUUAAAUGCUGUGGCGAUUGAAACUUUUUAUAAAGGUCAUGAAAGCCAAAGAGGUUUAUUGUAUGAUAAUUGUUGGCAAAGAUUAACAGGUAAGACAAAAAAAGCUGAAACGAGAGUACGAGAAGCUUUGAGAGAGAAAGAACAGAUUGAAAAAGUACAAUCUGAAAUAAGGCAGGAGCAAGAAUCAUCGGAUUGGUUACCACUAAAAGGGACGAUAACAGCUGCAUUUGUCACUUUUUCAAUCGCCAAAGAGGCUCGUGAAGUACUCAAGAAUAGGAAGAAGGAAUUGAAAAAAGCCGGAUAUCAUGUGGAAAAAGCUCCUAGAACGCACAAUGUCUUAUGGAAGAAUCUCGAAAAAGAUGCGAAAUCUCGUCGAUCACAUGUUAUCAUGGGAAAAUUCGCUUUGGUGGUAGUUUGUGCAUUUCAAGUAAUGUUCAUAUUGUUUUUCACCAAUAUUGUCAGGGGGAUCGAUCGAUAUCCAAAACUAGCUAAAAUGCAAAAAGAUUCAGAAUUCUGGAAAGGAAUAUUCAAUAUUUUGAAAGGUGCCUUACCUGCAAUUGUAGCUGCUCUAUUCUCUUUACUCUUACCUUACAUAUUAAGAAUACUGAACCGAUGGUCUGGGGCUUUUACGAGAGGUCAACUGGAUAAAGAUCAAAUUAGACAACUAUUCAUUUUCUUAGUGGUAUCGAAUUUUAUCGUGUUCUCACUUCUUGGAGUAUUGUAUGAAUCUAUAGCGCAAAUUCUUCGCAACAAGAAUGCGGACUCUUUAGCAGAAAGAUAUAAAAGUUUAGGUGACUUACCAGCCAAAAUCACUAAGGCAUAUAUAUCACAAAGUCUAUAUUGGUUAUCCUGGUACCCAAUUCGUUCGUUAGUUAUGUGGUUACAGCUACUUCAACUACCCAGAAUACUGGUAAAAAUUCCUCAGUUGAUCAAAUUUAAGACUCCGCAAGAUUUAGCCGAAGUUACUCUUGCAGACAGUUUCGAGGUCACUAUUGAGUACUCGUGGAUUAUAUUCACCAUGGUAGUUGGGUUGAUGUACGCUCCACUCGCUCCCAUCGUAGUCAUCGGUGCUACUUUGCAUUUCUGGUCCGCUCACAUAGUGCAUAGCGAAUCUUUGAAAUUUGUGAAUGAUGUCAAAGAGACUGAUGGCGAAUGUUGGUACGUUGUGAUCAAUCGAUUACUGGUUGCGACUGUUCUGAUGCAUUGUUUGAUGGUAUUGACGGUGUUGUUGAAAACUCAAUCUUCUGCAAUGUCAAUAACAGCAGGCCUCCCAAUACUAUUCAUCGUACUGUUGAAGAUAUACUUGAAUAAACAUUAUGACUCUGAUCACACUAUAUACCCACAUCAUCUUGAUGGAAAUUCAGACAACCCCAAAUCUAAAGGAGUGGUUGAAAGUUAUCAACCUGAUGUACUGAGGGUUGAUUGGAUGCCAAAAGGUAAAACUGUAAGAAACAAAAAAUUGAUGAUCAAGGCGAAACAGAAUUUCCCGGGAUUGAAAGAUCUGAUGAAAAUAAAGAAUAGACCUGUUGAUGAUCCUAUAGAAGGUUGGUAUGAUCGGUGGAGAAAAACCUAG